AUGUCCAUUCUUCGACGCAAAGUGGCGAGAUUGGCUCCGCCAACAGUCUUGACCGAUAAGGUUAUCCCGGUCGACUACUGGGACCAUCACUCUCGCGAUGCUGUCCUCAACGUAAUGCUGCGCUUCGACCGCCAACUGGAUGCAGCCAAACUACGAAGAGCUCUGGAAAAAUUGCUUGACCGCCGGGAUGGCUGGCGCAGGCUGGGUGGGAGGGUGCGGCUAGGUCCUUCGAAUAAGCUGUAUUGGCAUGUGCCUGACACAUACACUGAGAAGCGGCCUGCAAUCACCUUUCAUCACAACCGUCACAACAACAUCAGUAUCAAGCAACAUCCAUUAGCAUCUCGACUUCGGAGCAGAGUUCCAUCAUCUUCUGGUGGCUCUCAUGACGCCUCUGUUCCUUGGAUGGUGGAGUCAGGCAAUGGCGUGGACUUCUCCCCCUUGAUGCGACACCCAAGUGAUCCUACUUGUUUCGAAGACUAUGUCUAUCACGAUAAACCGAUGAUAGGCCUACAAGUCACCACGUUCAACGACGCGACAUUGGUAUCAUUAGGCUUCUCUCAUAUCAUGUGGGACUGUAUGGGUCUUAAAGAUCUCUUUGACGCAUGGUCUCUCACUCUACAGGGACGCCAUGAAGAGGUCAUUCCGUUGAUUGGAACCGAUCCUCUUGGGUCUUUGGGUAUAUCACCUGAGCCAACUAAAAUGGUAACAAAGGACGAUGCAAGCAAAACAGCAGCUUCUACAUCCCCUUCCGAACAAUACCGGCACAUCGAUCGACAACUUGGAAUUGUUCAACUCGUUACGCUCGGUCUUCGGCAAGCACUCGACAAGCUACUGAACAGAAACGCGGCUGAGGAGUUUAGGACGGUGUGUGUGCCCGCAGCAUAUGUCAGGUCUUUGCGCAAUGACGCGCUCCAAGCUCUCGACGCCGAGAAUGCUAGUUCGUCGGGACCUCAAGGGCCAGAGAAGGGUCAUAAGUCUCAGUUAACUCCAGCCACGUUUCUAAGUGAUGGUGAUAUUCUCUGUUCAUGGUGGACACGCAAAAUCAUUAGCUCACGCAUCCGCAAUCCCUCCAAGAGCCGCAAAACCAUCGCUAUACUAAACAUGAUGGGUUUACGUGGCAUUCUGGCACAAGCAGGACGAUUGCCCGAGAAAGGAGCAUUGGUUGGUAACGCAAUCUUGCCUAUUCCUGCCCUGCUACCCACGCGAGAUCUUGUCAGAAACGAUCAGCUGGGCUUUGGCCGCGUUGCAAAGGCCCUCAGAGAGGCGAUCGCGCAACUUAGCACUAGGCCGCAGGUUGAAGCUCUCUUGGCGCUGCAGCGGCGUGCACAUGGGGAUGAGGUUGUUGAGAACGCCAACAAAAAGUCGGGCAACGGCAAAGCCGGACUGCCUGCUCUCUUCGGCGAUGCGGGCAUGCACAUGGUUGUGUGUACCAACUGGACCAAGGCCGAGUUCUUCAAUGUUGACUUCUCGGCCGCGGCGGUUGACGAGAUUGGUUGUGACGGGCUCUUUGAGAACGAGCGUGCGCGCCUUCCUGAGGCUUCAUCCAACGAUACUGCCGCUAGCAGUGGCGUCGAAAUGAUGAGCGCUAUGGGUUGUGAUGGACUCUGGGAGGACGAACAUGCGUCACGUCCGUCUGUCGCUCCUCAAUCUGAUGCUCCUGCUUCUCGUGUGUUGGCAAAGCCGACUGGCGUUCACAUGCAUUUGAUAACGGCGGGUACUCCUGCGUUUCUAAUGAGUAUCUUUACCAUCUUGGGCCGCGAUGCCAAUGGAGACUACUGGAUUCAAGGAAUGCUACGGAAAAAGUAUUGGGCUAAGAUUGAGACCGCCCUCAGUCCGAAGUAA